AUGGCGCAAAACAAACAAGAAAGGGCGAUGAACCCAACUGCCCUUCUGCUCAAGGAGGAAGGCAACCGACGUUUCCAAGCCGGUGACUACCUCGGCGCAGAGGGCUCAUACUCCAAAGCCAUAAUCGCCGACUCCCUCAGCCCGACCCUCUACACGAACCGCGCCAUGGCCCGCCUGAAGCUGCAGCAGUGGGACUCGGUCAUCAGCGACUGCCUCGAGUGCCUGAAGCUGGCGCCCAAGAACAUGAAGGCCCACUACUACUGCGGCAUGGCGCAGCUGGAGCUAGGCAACCUGGACGAGGCACACGAUCACUCCAAGCUGGCGCACGCCCUCGCCUCGGCCACCAACGACCGCUCCCUGCACCAGGUGCUGACGCUGCUGAUGCGCUGCAAGACGCUGCGCUGGGAGCAAAAGGAGAAGCGCCGCGUGCGCCAGGACGCCGACCUCGAGGCCGAGCUGCGCGCUAUGCUGGAGGGCGAGCGCGACCUGGCGAUGCGCGCCGCGGAGAAGGAUGGCGGCAGUGAGGCCGCCGCCGUCGAGGUCAGGGCAGAGUACGACGCCAAGAUCGACCGGCUGGAGAAGGUCUUUGAGAGGUCGCGCGCCGCCGCUGACAGGAAGAGGGUGGUUCCCGAGUGGGCCAUUGACGAGAUUAGCUUUGGGGUCAUGGUCGAUCCUGUCGUUACCAAGAGCGGCAAGUCGUACGAGCGGGACACGAUCCUCACGCACCUCAAGACGAACAAAACAGACCCCAUUACCCGCGAGCCCCUGCACCCGUCCGACCUGCGACCAAACCUCGCGCUCAAGGAGGCGUGCGAAGCAUUUUUGAACGAGAACGAGUGGGCUGCCGACUGGUGA